UUCAGCACUAUAAUAAUGUGUGAAUCUGAGUUUAUGAUCAUACUCUGGGUGUCUUUGGGUGUCAGUGUUAAUUUCUGUACAAUUUCCAGGCCGUGUUUAAAAAAACAAGUGAUUAUUCUGCUGCAAUGCGGUUAUGAUGCUGCAUAUUUAGAUUCUGCGCCUGAAGUGACUGUGAGGGACUGGUACGCCACUCGAGAUGACUGUGGAGGCGUUUAUAGGCUUACUGUGUCACUGCUCAAUGAAAAUCGUGAGGUCAUUGCUACAUUUAAGCCGGAUGAUGUGGCUGUGCCCGCUGAAACCCCUUGGACACAGGUGACACACACAUUUACAGGUUAUGGUCCUGGUCUACGCUUCAUCUCUUUUGAACAUGGUGGUCAAGACGAUAAAAGUUGGAAAGGCUGGUAUGGAAUACGAGUCACUGGAAGUUCUGUCACCAUAGCCCCAAAACCCUAAUAUGUGACUCAAUAAUUUUACUGAUUGGUCAGCACUUUGCUUUUGACUAUACUAUAAAUAUAAAUAAAUAGUAAAGUAACAUUACAGAAACUUCAUGGCUAAACCUUGCUGAAAAAUGCAAAGCAAUUGCUUAUGUUUUUUAAAGAUUUAAAUGCAUAUUCAGAAUACAUAUUCUGAAUGAAAAUUAAACAUGUGGGGAAUUAAUUGAAUUUAUUUUCUGCUUUCAGUACAGCUUAAUAAAGUCUCCCUAU